GCGGCGGCAUCGGGGACAGCGGCGGCGGCGGCGGUGAAAGCCGCGACGGCGUUUGAGUGGAGGAAGAUGGCGGCUCCGGGUAGCCCCGGGUCCCGUCAGCCGUGAAUAUUCCCCGAGCACAGCAAGCAGCGGCCUGAGGCAGAGCGGCUGUGCUCCGGCCCUGGCCCCUUCGCCACCGUCGCCGGAGACGCGAAGCCGUGAGCGCGGAACGGGCUGGGCCAGCUUCAAGUGGGAUGUCAUGGCCAGCUCCUCGGACAGUGAAGAUGACAGUUUCAUGGCUGUGGACCAAGAAGAAACUGUGUUGGAAGGGACAAUGGAUCAAGAUGAGGACCCUCACCCAGUGUUGGAGGUUGAAGACACAAGACAUAAUAGGUCAAUGUCUGAGCUGCCAGAAGAGGUUUUGGAGUAUAUCCUAUCCUUCCUUUCACCGUAUCAGGAACACAAAACUGCAGCUCUGGUCUGCAAACAGUGGUAUCGGCUUAUCAAAGGUGUCGCCCACCAGUGUUACCAUGGUUUCAUGAAGGCUGUCCAGGAAGGAAACAUUCAGUGGGAGAGUCGGACUUACCCUUACCCCGGAACCCCCAUCACUCAGCGCUUCUCUCACAGUGCGUGCUAUUACGAUGCCAAUCAGUCUAUGUAUGUGUUUGGAGGCUGCACCCAGAGCAGUUGCAAUGCCGCCUUCAAUGACCUCUGGAGGCUUGACCUAAACAGCAAAGAGUGGAUUCGACCGUUGGCUUCAGGGUCCUAUCCUUCCCCCAAAGCUGGGGCCACUCUGGUCGUGUACAAGGACUUACUAGUGCUAUUUGGUGGCUGGACAAGGCCAAGCCCCUAUCCCUUACACCAACCAGAGAGAUUCUUUGAUGAAAUUCACACAUACUCACCAUCUAAAAAUUGGUGGAACUGCAUCGUCACCACACAUGGGCCCCCUCCCAUGGCUGGCCAUUCCUCCUGUGUGAUAGGUGAUAAGAUGAUUGUCUUCGGUGGCUCUUUAGGAUCCCGGCAAAUGAGCAAUGAAGUCUGGGUCCUUGACCUGGAGCAGUGGGCGUGGUCCAAGCCGAACAUCUCUGGCCCCAGUCCUCAUCCCCGAGGUGGCCAGUCUCAGAUUGUUAUAGAUGAUGCAACUAUCCUAAUCCUUGGUGGGUGUGGCGGUCCCAAUGCUCUGUUCAAAGAUGCCUGGCUACUGCACAUGCACCCAGGUCCCUGGGCCUGGCAGCCACUCAAGGUAGAAAAUGAAGACCAUGGAGCCCCAGAGCUCUGGUGCCAUCCAGCCUGCCGGGUGGGACAGUGUGUGGUGGUCUUCAGCCAGGCUCCUAGUGGGAGAGCGCCCCUCAGCCCCAGUUUGAACUCUCGCCCAUCACCUAUCAGUGCCACUCCUCCAGCCCUGGUUCCCGAAACCCGAGAGUACCGCUCCCAGUCCCCAGUGAGGAGCAUGGAUGAAGCUCCUUGUGUUAAUGGCCGCUGGGGAACACUGAGACCCAGGGCUCAGAGGCAGACUCCUUCAGGUUCCCGGGAAGGGAGCCUCUCCCCAGCCAGAGGAGAUGGCUCUCCCAUCCUCAAUGGUGGAAAUUUGUCUCCAGGAACAGCAGCUGUUGGGGGUACUUCCUUAGACAGCCCUGUACAGGUGGUAUCUCCAAGCACUCCAUCUGCCUCUGAAGGGUAUGACUUAAAAAUGGGACUUUCUCUGCCCCCCCGACGAGGGUCUCUACCAGAUCAGAAGGACCUGAGGCUAAAUUCCAUUGAUCUGAAUUGGGACCUGAAGUCUGCUUCCAGUAGCAGUCACGUGGAUAGCACAGACAACAGGACAGUUGCAGGGAGUGUGAGACACCCUCCAGAACAGACCAAUGGUGUUCACACCCCACCACACGUGGCCAACGCGCUUGCAGGGGCUGUAUCUCCUGGUGCCCUGCGUCGGAGUUUGGAAGCCAUCAAAGCAAUGUCAUCCAAAGGCCCCUCAGCCUCAGCUGCACUAAGUCCUCCUCUUGGGUCUUCUCCAAGCUCCCCUGGGAAUCAGAGCCUGAGCAGUGGAGAAACAGUACCCAUCCCCCGCCCAGGACCAGCCCAAGGAGAUGGUCAUUCCUUACCCCCCAUUGCUCGACGCCUGGGCCACCACCCUCCACAGUCCCUCAAUGUUGGCAAACCCCUGUACCAGAGUAUGAACUGCAAACCCAUGCAGAUGUAUGUGCUGGACAUUAAAGAUACCAAGGAGAAAGGCCGGGUCAAGUGGAAAGUAUUUACUAGUAGUUCUGUGGUUGGACCUCCUGAAACCAGCCUGCACACAGUGGUGCAAGGCAGAGGAGAGCUCAUCAUAUUUGGAGGGCUCAUGGACAAGAAGCAGAAUGUGAAGUACUAUCCAAAAACAAACGCCUUGUACUUUGUGCGAGCAAAGAGAUAAUUUGUUCGAAAUCCCUUCCCUUUCUGUGGCUUUUAAUUUGGAAUUUUCCAGUGUACAAGCAUUUGGACCGAGACUUGGGAAAAACAUGACUCCCAUAAACCAAAACUCCUAAUUCCACGCCUGUCAUUCCAGGCUGGGAUCAAAUCUCCAUUAAGGAAAAGAUUAUAUAUAUAUAUAUAUAUAUACACACACACACACAGAUAUAUUAUAUAGCCAACUCUGUUUACAAAUAAAGGGGAGAUCUUCAUCCUGGUUCAGAUCAGCUGUUGCUGUCUUAGGAGAGGCUGUGCUGGCCUUUUCUACUCUGCUGGUAACUAGACCAGGAAGUAAGGGGACAGACUGACACAGUAACUUCCCACAAGAAGCUGAAGAGCCCCUGUGACCUUUCUGUGGCCUUCUCAGAGUCAGAAACAAUGGGCCUAGACAGGACACCAGGAAGAGGCUUCAGCCACAGGGCUGCAGGGUCAGUCACAGAAAACAGUUCUUCCCCUGUUCCUGCUUAAACCACAGAGUACCUGUGGUGGCUCUGCAGAAGCACCUUGUGCCCUGUCCCUUCUGCCCUCUGAUCCAGAGAAAUCACCCAACAAGAAGUACUGUUCCCCACAUGCUGGAGUCAUCCAUCUGUCUGCCUCCUUCCUGUCCAUUGGUCUUUUUUUGUUCUCCCUAUGUCUCAGCAAACAUUCAGUGUCUGAUUAUGGAAUUUUCUGACAAUCGUGUUUGGUUGCAAGUUGCCAAAAAACAUACUUGUUUUUCUUUUAGAAUUGUCCUCAGAGGCCUCUUGUCUGUCUGUAGGCUGCUCCCCUGUCUUUUGGUGGUUUGGUUUGGGAUGUUGUUUUAUUUUGGGUAUUUGGCCUUUUUUUUUUUUUUAAAGCCCCAGAACUUUUGUCAUUUCUGCCUCUCUCACAAAACUCUAGUGUCCGUAGAAAUCAAACCUUUAGAGUCUUCCCAACAUCCCUGAGGCCAGUCCGGAUUCACUGAAGUGUGCUGGUACAUACUUACCUCGGGGCAGAGGCAGGAUGAUUUUAGAUUUGGGGCUAACCUGGGUUAUAUGAUGAGACUCUUCUCAACAAGACAAAAUUAAGAAUGCAGUAUCAUUUACAAAAAAAAAAAAAAAAUCUGUGAAGGGAGUUUUGGAUAGCUUGAUUGAUACGGCUCCUGAUCCUGAAUCUGAGAGUCCAGGGUUCAGUUCCCUGCUACCUUUCAAGGCAGCCCCUGGAAGUUUAAGAGUGGGUCAGAAGUCAAACAAAAGAGAGCAUUGAGAAAAAUAAAAUGAAACCAAAAAAAUCUUUGAAGAAUUAAGAAAAAUAAAAUGAAACCAAAAAAAUCUUUGAAGAAUUAAAAGACACCCCCACCCCCAAGGCAAGGUCUCAAUAUGUAGCUCACAGAGAUCCUCCUGCCUCUGCCUGCCACUUGUGACACAACCUUCUGUGAUGUUGACAGGUGAGCAGCUUGAGUAUCAUGCCCUUGACCUUGGAGCAGCUCCAUCCUUCAUGACUUGCUCUUGUGUCCCCCAAACAGGGUUUUUGUUUCUACUUUCACUUCAUUUCCUAGAUAAAGUACAACCAACCAGGAGAGUAUUUAUUUUGUUUAAAGAGAAAGCUGUAAAUUAGUAGUCUCUAAGCCAUAGCCUGGACAUAGGAGACAUCAAAAUAAGAUGGCCAUGCAACUAUCGAUCUUGGUGGUUUCUCAUCAGUAGGUAAAGGAUUUUUAUUUUGCCUUUAAAACUGAAAUUGAAACAACAAAUGUGUUUCCCAGCCCCACUCUCCUUUUUUCUUGUCAGUGUCUCCUAAGCACAAGCCCGCUGCAGCUGGCCCUGGGUCCUGGCUCACAGCCAGCACUCUGCCUGUCAGACAGGUGUGUGUCUCUGCUUCUUGUUCUUCUGCCCUGAGCCAAUAGCUUUGCUCUGGUGGUCUUGGCAGGAGUGUCCUCGAUUUGAAGCCCAGGAAAGGGCCUGCCCUUGAGGCAUGUGCUCUGGAACACCCCUGUGCCUACUUCCUGUGUGUCCUACACUCCAGCUCCCUGCUGUGUUGCUGUUGCCAGUCCUUUGGCUGAGACUGUUCGAUACUGUGGGGUCCUGACUUAAGAGGCAAGGCCAGCAGAUAAGCAGCCUGGUGUUGCUGAAACUGUCAUGCUGUUUUUGUGUGGAGGGUGCCUCUGCACUUGGUUUCUACUCAAACAUCAAGUAUUAGGACACUUGAAAGUUCAGAAUCUCCACUUUGUAGUCUUUCUCUUUCCCCUGUGGCCUUCCUCAGCUGGGUGGCUGUCAACUGUUGAUUCUUCUACUCUUCCCAAGUAGGCAGGCAACAGAAAUACUAACCUCUUAGAAAGUUACAGGUUCCUCUGUACUCUGGAGUUUGGAGGAUGCCUACAGUGCUGAGAGCCAGGUGUCUGCAGUCCCUCCAGAGAAAACAGAAUGAGCCUUGACUGCACCCAGCCGUGUAGGACUUGGCGGUCCCCGAGCACUGUGGCUUUGUGCUGUGGGAAGUGACUCAACAGUGAACGUGGUGGUCUCCUCAGCCCCUUAAGGAUAUGUGUGUAGUAGGACUUUGGUGUCUCAGCAGAGGUCAGCAUUCCUACAACCAUCAGUUCAGAUUCAACCACAACUCCUCUUUUGACAUGAUACCAAUUUUGUCUUAAAAUUCACUGAGAGACAUGAGACAAAGUAUUUUGUUUGAACCCUCAGGAGCACCUAAAGAAAAUAUUUAUCAGUAUUUAAAUAUUUAAAAUACAUCUUGUUUCUACUUGAAGCUUUAACCCUUUCCAUUCCUGCAAGUGUGCCUUUGAGAGCCCUCGGUCAAAUAAACUUCAGUCAUUUUGCUGGCCUCAUAUGAGAAUUCUGGGCACUGUUCUGCUCCUGCACAGAGCUUCCUGUUCAUGCAUUCUGCAUACCAUGCAGCAGAGAGCAUUCGUUUUCAUUCCUGUUUCUGCCUUUCUUGCUUGCUUUGGAUGAGGCCGCCACAGCACCCCUACCCUCCCCCGCAUUUUGGAAGCACCAAUAAGGUAUAGAAACGAAAUUUUGUGUAAGAUAAUGCUGGGCUUGCCCUCCCAGCUUUCUGUGGGUUAAUUGAUUCUAAUAUUUGAGCAAUAGCAAGAACUGAAACCAUGAACUGUGGAAGAAUGAACGGUCUUGGAACUCCUUAAAGAAGAGAAGAGAGGAGAGGAGAAAGCAUCAUUACAGGAAGGCUCAACUUUGGAGGACAAAAAGCCACUGGCAACAGAACAAGAUCCUCUCUUCCUUUACUUUGUCUUUCUAAGUUCCUUCUGCUUUGCUUUUUUCUUUCCCCUUCAAAGUGAAUCACCUGCUCGGUCUGUCCGUCUGUCCUCGUCCUCAUGGUGACUCCGGCAUGGUGAAUACUCUGCUUUGUGUUAUCUAUGGUCUCACCAGCACACAGGACAGUGGGAAGGAUCUGAAGGGUCCAGGGUAAGGAAGCCUGGCCUCCAGUACUGCCGAAGGCAGUGUUGCUGUUACCAGUAGGUGGCCUCUCACCGCCAUCUUUGUGAAUGAAUGAAUGCCAACCACUUUGGCCCCACUGUGCUCGCUCUGCUUGCUCUGACCCCUCCUACCAACCAGGGCUCAUAUCAGUGCACGCCCACUGUGCCCUGGCAAAGCUGGUGCUGUGAGUGAUGUUUCCCAUAUAACUCAGGGGUGCCAGGUGGCUCGCCCUGAUAGUCAUUUUAGGCACAUCACAGUGUAGGAAUGAAAGUGGAAUUCAUGGAUAUUUAAAUCUGUCAACUUCAUUUUUGUUAAUGUCCCCCCCCCCAUGACUUUUUAGCAGUUUAACAAAUAAAACAAAAAUGGACUGAA